AAACUGACCCUUAUUUCAAAUCAAACCAUCUUUUAUCUUUCCCUUUCAUAUCUUUUUUAUCUAAGGUCGUGUGCAUGUCAAAUUGUCAAAUACUCUACAAAAUUGACCCUUUUGAGAAAAAGGAGGGGAAGAGAACGGCACACGUAGUUACACCUCAAACACACACACAAAGAGAGAGAUCGAAAAAGGAAGAGAAAAUCCCCAAAAAUUGUUGAAUAUCUAUAGUUACAGAAAUGGGAUCGGUUGAUUCAGAAAUGGAUUCAAUAUUUCCGGACAACAAGCGUCAUCGAAAUCGUCUCGUUCCUCUCGGUGCAUUUCUCACGGCAGGAGUGCUUGCUGCUGGACUCAUUAGUUUCAAGAGGGGAAAUUCUCAAUUAGGUCAGCAACUAAUGAGAGCUAGAGUUCUUGUUCAAGGUGGUACAGUUGCGCUGAUGGUCGGGUCAGCGUAUUACUAUGGAGAUAAUUUCAAGCGUGCUGCGUGACUGACUUCCAAACGAAGGCUGUGGACUUCCUCAUUUGCCUGUCACGAGUUGAUUUCUGCAGUGAAAUGGGGUUCCAUAUCUUUGAUAGGAGGCAAUUCUUUUCAUGGCUGCCAUUGCCAUCACACAGGAAAAGAAAGGAGAGGAAAAUAAGUAGUAGAAUGAAAAUAAUGUUAAUGUUUAUGUUUAUUAUUAUUAUUAAUGGGGAGACCUGAAUUCCCUACUUUCUAUCUGAUUUAUGUGGUUAUAAUUUUGAUGUUAGUUGAAAUUGAUAAAUUGUGUGUGAUUUCUUGAGAAUCAAAUUCAAAAAGAAGAAAAAAAAGAACUCUUAUUAAUUUUA